AACAUCUGAGGGAAGAAGAAGCAGGAGCCUACAGUUUCCUUGCCCUGUUUGCUACUACGCGCUUCCGUGCAGCCGCCCUGCGGAGGAGCUGGCGGCGCCUUGGCGACGGAAGCCUUGUUCCCAGACCCAGCUUCCCAUCCGCUCAGCCUCCUUCGCCGCGCACGGAGAGGCGACUCGGGGAUCCCUUUCAGCCUCCGGACUCCCCUCACCUCUGCUCCCCACGUCUUUAUGCUCCAAGAAGCGGCCGGCGACUGGUAGUCAUGUGUACUCCGAGUCACGUGAACUCGGGUGUCACAUGACAGCCUUCAUGGGCCCUCCUUUGGUCUCCUCUGGCCUGGGGGUCGGUGGUGGAGGCGGUCCAUGCCCGGUCAGGGUCGAUAGGCUUCGCGGGUUGUAUCCUGGGAGAUGCAUAGAGCCGGGUGUGGACAGCACCCCAGCCUUCUGGGGGCCCCAUUCUAGGCUGGAUGGCCGGGCCAGCGGCGCUAGGACCCCCAGGCAGAGCCCGGGGGACGGGAGUCAGGGGGGAAAUACCUUACAUGGUGCCCCCGCGGUCACCAGCUGAGCCCGUCACCCAAAAUAGCCCCCGGCGUAUGCCGGCGCGGCUCCUGCCUGGGAGAUGGCUUCUGCCUCCGACGCCGUGGAGUUGGGUGCCCCCUGGGGACCCGGGCGCCCCGAGCCCGCUCCUACCCGCUUCCACCGGGUGCACGGUGCCCACAUCCGCUUGGACCCCUCCGGGACGCGGGCCACUCGCGUGGAGAGCUUCGCUCACGGCGUGUGCUUUAGUCGCGAGCCGCUGGCCCCGGGCCAGGUGUUCCUGGUCGAGAUUGAGGAGAAGGAGCUGGGCUGGUGCGGGCAUCUGCGCCUCGGCCUGACUGCGCUGGACCCCGCCAGCCUGCCUGUAGUGCCCGAGUUCUCGCUGCCCGACCUGGUCAGCCUCGGCCACACCUGGGUCUUCGCCAUCACGCGCCACCACAACCGAGUGCCCCCCGAGGGUCACCCGGAGGUGGAGGUCGUGUUCCCCAGCCGACCCUCGGCCCUCCUGCAGGAACCCUAUCUCUGCAUUGAGCAGUUUCGCAUUCCCCGGGACCGCCUGGUGGGCCGCAGCCGGCCAGGGCUCUACAGUCACCUACUAGACCAGCUCUACGAGCUAAACGUUUUGCCUCCGACCGCGCGCCGCAGCCGCCUGGGUGUCCUUUUCUGCCCGCGCCGGGACGGCACGGCCGACAUGCACAUCAUCAUUAAUGGCGAGGACAUGGGCCCUAGCGCCCGGGGGCUGCCAGCUACCCAGCCCCUCUACGCAGUGGUGGACGUGUUCGCCUCCACCAAGAGCGUGCGCCUGGUCCAGCUGGAAUAUGGCUUGCCAUCCCUGCAGACUCUGUGCCGCCUGGUGAUCCAGAGGAGUGUGGUGCACCGGCUGGCCAUCGAUGGGCUCCAUCUGCCCAAAGGACUGAAGGAUUUCUGCAAGUACGAGUGAAGGCCUGCAAGUACAGUCACCAGGCUCAGGGCCACAGAGCACGUGCUGGCCCCAGAGCUGCGGCUUGUCUGCAGCCGGUGAUGUGGCUGCCAGCCAGGGCCAGAAAUAAACACAGUCUCUUUGCCCCUGCAGCCACUGAGGGGUAUUUCCUUUAGGAUCACUGCUGGUCAGCAGGUCAGAGCAAGAGAGAGCAUUUUAAAGGUCAUAGAGGAUAGUGGGAGCCCUGGUGGCAUGGUGGUUAAAUGUUUGGCUGCUAACCAAAAGGUUGGCAGUUUGAAUCUACCAGCUGCCCCUUGGAAACCCUAUGGGGCAGUUCUUCUCCGUCCUAUGGGGACACAAUGAGUCAGAAUCAACUCAACAGCAACGGGUUUAUUUAUUUAUUUUUGGAGCCCAGUGGUUCUUAGCCUGGCUACUAACUAGAGUCACUGGGAUACUUAAGAGUGCUAAUGCCCUGGGCCCUAUUUCCAGAGGUUCUUGUCCAGUUUGUUGCAGGAUUCAAACCAAACCAAACCCAUUGCUGUCAAGUUGGCUGUGACUCAUAGUAACCCUAUAGGGCAGAGGAGAACUGCCCCAUAGGGUUUCCAAGGAGUGGCUGUUGAAUUCGAACUGCCAGCCUUUUGGUUAGCAGCCAGAUGCUUAACCAUUGUGCCACCGGGCACCGGGGCUCUAUUGGGGAAUUAGGCCCGGAGGUUUUUUUUUUUUUUAAAGCUCCUCUGGAAUUUCUAAUGUACAGCCAGGGUAGAAAAGCAUUUCCCUAGAACAGAGGUCUUCAGCCUGGCUCUGACCCUCGGAUUCUGACUUCACUGGUCUGGGAUGAGGCUGGGCACCAGGAUUUUUAAAAACUUCCCAAGAGAUUUUAAUGUGCAGCCCAGGCUGAGAACAGUGCCCUAGACAAACUAUUGAAUUUUGCAGGUGGGAAACUGAGGCCCAGAGAUGGGAGUGUAUUUGCCCCAGAUCACACAGCAAAUGAAUGAAUGCAGAAAUGCAGAGUGCUCCUUGUCUCAUACUACAGGGCACAAAGCACUAGACUCCUUUAUUUUAUCUCUGCUCAUUUGCUUCCAUACCAACAAUCUCAUUUAUUCCUCACAACUCCUGGUGAGGUAGUAGGCAGAGUUACCACCCACACUUUACAGGUGAGGAUGUCCGGGUGACUUGCCCAAGGUAAGGGCAAGAAACUAGAACACGCACUUCCUGGCACAGUGCUCUUUUAACCCCAUCCCAUUGUCAUAGAGGGGCUCUAGAAUGAACAAGUCAGUGUUGUGAGGUAGGUUCCAGGUGUAAAGGGGAGGGACUGUGAGGUGAGGUUCUAGAAGGGUCGAGAGGGUAGGACAAG